GCGCUUCUCUGAUUGCAAUUUUCAUUAAAGAUGGAGUAUUUAAGCAAUAUUGGGGCUGCCGCAGAUGUCUAUCGUCCCUCGGUAUUCGAGUUGAUUGCUCAAGACAAAAUGCGGGACCUAUUGAAGCCUGCACUACGCUAUGUUCUGGCAGUUUACGCACAGAGAUAUCCACGACAUCUUCUCCGUCUGGUGAACAGACACGAUGAAGUUUUUGCAAUUCUCAUGCUGUUAAUAGAGCAGCACUACCUAAGAGAGUGGAAUGCCUCUUUUGCAGAGCACUUUUAUGGCCUGAAACGGUCUGCAGCAGGUCCAACUCGACGAAGGAAGGGUCUUGAACAUUUGAGCUCUUCCCAAAUAUGGCGAUCUUUAGUACUUUUGGUUGCCCUUCCGUAUGCCAAGACCAAGCUGGAUGAGCUGUACGAGAGCACUACAGGUGGACCCGGAAGCCGUAUAUUUGGUGACCUCUUUUCGAACGUCGAGGAGGGGAGCACAUUGGAGGAACCGCUGCCCAUCCGUUUACGAAAAUUGGCAAAGAAAAUCUUCCAACGGACAUAUCCCUACAUAAACGCCAGCUAUCAGGCCUUUAUCUUUGUGUAUCAAAUUGGCUACAUGUAUGGCAAGACGGACUAUUAUUCACCAUGGCUUCAUCUGUGCGGACUCCAAAUCCGCCGAAUGGGUGCAAAGGACUAUCGGGAUCAUGAAGAUCGCCAACAAGUCCUUAAAAAAGCGAGUGAAGCGGCAUUACAAAAUGCAUCCCGCCUUCGUGUCCUGCGACACUUGCUCGCAACCAUUGUGUCACGAGGGUUUGACUUUCUCAAAUACGCAUUGCCAAUGUCUAUAUUCUUUUUCAAAUUCCUGGAAUGGUGGUACACUUCCGAGUACCAUAAACAAGCGGGCAAUCAACCAAUACCACCACCACCAAAACCUCUUGAGCCAAAUCCUGCAGGUGUGCCUCUGCCUACCGAUCCUUCAAUAUGCCCUCUCUGUACAAAACAACGAACAAACCCCACCAUGUUACCAUCUGGCUAUGUCUUCUGCUAUCCAUGUAUUUACAAGUACGUGGAGGAGCAUGAGCGGUGCCCUAUUACGUUUCUUCCAACGACCACGGAGGAGUUGCGCAAAAUAUAUUCAGUUUGAGAUGGACGUGUAUAGCUUGCGUAUCACGAAACUGGCCGCGGACUAAGAUGUACUUGCUACGACGUCAUCGUUUUUGAUGUUAUCAGUAUCAGAGCCUUCCAUGGGCUUCCCGCCAUCAGGUUGUUCUCGCUCCUUGCGGACAAUUAGUGUGCGAGUACGGCGAGGGGGGCGUGGUUGAACCUUGGGUGUAGGCGUAACCACAUGAGCUGCCUCUUCCACGUUUUCGUUCCCAGCAAAGACCUUCUCAAUUCUGCCACACAAGUCACGCGCAAAAGUAUCAGAAUCCUCGGUAGUGGUUUUGUUGUCGGGCAAGGCGGUGAUCAGUUGAGACGGUGGUUGUUCCGUGGGUGGCGCAUUGCUCAGAUCCUGCCCUUGCUCAGUGUGCAUCUGUGAGGCAGGCGUCGGUAUGCGGGUGGCUUGUGCUGUGUCCGCUAGGGUACGUACUGAACUUUGGCGUGAGACGCGAGGAGAUGGAGCGGUGGGUUUUGCAGAUGGCUUUCGGAUGACCGGUUUCGUGGGUUCGUUAUUGGUUUGAGGCUCGAUGACACGCUGGUACAUUGUGUUGCGCUUAAUACCCAUGUUCACAUCGAAUGCUUUCAUUUUCACGCUUACCUCGAGCGCCUGCGUUAGCUCCUCAAGUCUAGAAUAUAUAGCCUCCAGCGGGGCUACGGUUGUAUCUGGUGCUGCAAUGGCGUCUUUUGCUGGCAAACUUUCUUUGAAAGAACUCAAUGCCACUUUCAAAUCCCCACAAAUUCUCCCUAUUUCCCCCAAAGUGUCAG